CUCAAAAGCUGAUUGAUACAACAGUCGUGUCAGUGUUGUGCUGUUUACUAAUUUGAGUGUACACACUCUUUUCGUUUGUGAAUAAGCAUUUGGCUGCACGUUUCUCUUGAAACAGUUACAAAAUGCAAAUCUUCGUUAAAACUCUCACCGGCAAGACCAUUACCUUGGAGGUCGAGCCCUCUGACACCAUCGAGAAUGUCAAGGCCAAGAUCCAGGACAAAGAGGGAAUCCCACCAGAUCAGCAGCGUUUGAUCUUCGCCGGCAAGCAGCUGGAGGAUGGACGCACUCUGUCCGACUACAACAUUCAGAAGGAGUCCACUUUGCACUUGGUGCUCCGUCUGCGUGGUGGCAUUAUUGAGCCCUCGCUUCGCAUUCUCGCCCAGAAGUACAACUGCGACAAAAUGAUCUGCCGCAAGUGCUACGCUCGUCUGCACCCACGUGCAACCAACUGCCGCAAGAAGAAGUGUGGACACACCAACAACUUGCGUCCCAAGAAGAAGUUGAAGUAGACGCUUUUCUUCCUCUGUUGGCAUUUCGUUGGCUGGAGCUGCUGUGCGCUUUCCACAAACAAAACAAAAUUAACAACUAUUUAGUAAAUAUAAAUUUGUAAUACAAUAUCAAUAUGAUAAAGUGCGAAAUGUAUUUACUUGCUAUAAGGCGCACCGUA